GCAAGAUCUGUCCGAUCUGUUAUCCUGCCGGUGUUGCCCGCCCCUGUUCCUCCACAAAAAGGCAACCCGCUCUCGUACGUGUUUGCGUCUUUUCUGAGCCAUCUUAUCAAGCAGACAGAAGUUCAAGAUGGCGAUGGACUCCAGAUCGGCAUAUUCCCUCAGUGUACUGCCACCACACCAAGACGCCGCCUCGGAACCGCGGACAGAAUUGCAGUCGAAGCUGAAGGAGUUUGUGCUCGCAUUCCAGCUUGACGGCUCAUACAUCUACAGAGACCAGAUUCGAGAGAAUGUGCUCGUGAAGCAAUACUAUUGCGACAUCGACCUUACGCAUUUGAUCUCGUACAAUGAAGAAUUGGCUCACCGACUGACCAACGAUCCUGCGGACGUGAUACCUCUGUUCGAGGCAGCACUGAAACAAUGCACACAACGAAUCGUUUUUCCCCACGAUCCCGAAGUCAAACUCCCCCAGCAUCAACUCCUCCUCCAUUCAUCCGUCUCCCAAAUCUCCAUCCGCGACCUCAAUGCGACAAACGUCUCCCAUCUGGUCCGAAUCCCUGGCAUUGUGAUCGGGGCGUCCACUUUGUCCUCAAAAGCCACGGUAGUUUGCAUCCAGUGUCGGAAUUGCGAUCAUGUCGAGUUUCUGCCAAUAGAAGGAGGGUUUUCUGGCAUCACACUCCCACGCACAUGCGGCAGACCCAAAGUCCCCGGCCAAGAGAUGGGUGAUUCGUGCCCACUGGACCCCUACUUUGUGGUCCACGAGAAGUCUCAAUUUAUCGACCAACAGGUUCUGAAGUUGCAGGAAGCUCCGGACCAAGUACCUGUCGGAGAACUGCCACGCCACAUACUGGUCUCGGCAGAUCGUUAUUUGACCAACCGAGUUGUCCCAGGGACGCGGUGCACCAUAAUGGGUGUUUUUUCCAUUUACCAGGCCAACAAAGGCUCCAAGAAAGACAGCACGGUUGCGAUAAGGAAUCCAUACCUGCGCGCGGUCGGCAUCACUACCGACGUGGACCACAACGCAAGCGGAACCACGUCCUUCUCUGACGAGGAAAUCCAAGAAUUCGAGGAGAUGUCUCGACUUCCAGAUCUUUACGACCGGUUCGCCAGGUGUAUAGCGCCUUCGAUUUACGGAAAUAUGGACAUCAAGAAGGCUAUUUGCUGUCUGCUAAUGGGCGGCUCGAAAAAGAUUCUGCCAGACGGCAUGAAACUGAGAGGUGACAUAAACGUUCUGCUUUUGGGCGACCCCGGUACCGCCAAAUCUCAACUCUUGAAGUUCGUUGAGAAGGUGUCACCGAUCGCCAUCUACACCUCAGGGAAGGGUUCCUCGGCAGCCGGUUUGACUGCUUCCGUACAGCGAGACACUCAGACGCGCGAGUUCUACCUAGAAGGAGGUGCAAUGGUGCUUGCCGAUGGUGGCGUUGUGUGUAUCGACGAGUUCGACAAGAUGCGCGACGAAGACCGUGUGGCAAUCCACGAAGCCAUGGAGCAGCAAACCAUUUCAAUCGCCAAAGCAGGCAUCACCACGAUUCUCAAUGCACGCACGUCGGUUUUGGCUGCGGCAAACCCGAUCUUCGGCCGUUACGACGAUCUCAAAUCGCCAGGAGAAAACAUUGAUUUCCAGACGACCAUCUUGUCCCGAUUUGACAUGAUAUUCAUUGUCAGGGACGACCACGAUCGAAAACGGGACGAGACAAUUGCCAAACACGUCAUGGGCAUCCACAUGGGCAACCAUGGCGUGGAGGAACAGGCCGAGGUGGAAAUCUCUGUAGAGAAGAUGAAGAGAUACAUCAGCUUCUGCAAAUCGCGCUGCGCACCACGUCUCUCAGCUCCGGCGGCAGAGAAACUGUCGUCACAUUUCGUCUCGAUCCGCAAUCGGGUCGCUCAAGCCGAGCAAAACAGUAACGUCAGAUCUUCCAUACCCAUCACAGUUCGUCAACUCGAAGCCAUCAUCCGCAUCACGGAAUCCCUCGCCAAACUUACCUUGUCGCCGGUCGCCGAGGAACACCACGUCGAUGAGGCCAUUCGUCUCUUCCUGGCUAGCACCAUGGACGCCGUGUCUCAGGGCGAGGGUGCAGGCGGCAUGAGCGGAAAUAGGGAGUUAAUGGAGGAAGUGAGCAAGGUAGAGGAAGAACUCAGAAGACGGCUCCCAAUCGGAUGGAGCACCAGCCUGGCAACUUUGCGGCGAGAGUUUGUCCAAGGCAGGGGAUACAGUGAAGCCGCAUUGGCGCGAGCUUUGCACGUUUUGCAGCGGAGAGAGACGAUAAGAUUGAGGAAUGGCGGCAGCCAAGUGUACAGAAGUGGUGUUUGAUCAGCUUUUUGUCGCUCUUAUGAACAUGAACCUUGCUAGUGGUUAUUGGCGUUGCAGGAAGGCUGGGAACGGUUUGCUGAGGUCGACGGCUCUCGGAGUGAGCACUGGCGGGCUGGAAGGUUGACCGGGGUUUAUGGUGUCUGUUCUAUUAAUGGGGUUCGACGACUGUUCGUUUGCCAUCUCAUGACAUACCUAUCAUGGGCUCAAAACAUCUGUAGCUUUGACCGGCUGACAGAGAGUUCAUGUGUUUUUGAUUUGCCAAGACCACCGGAGCGAGCGACGACCUCGACUCAUGACAAAUUCUCUGAAGUGUCGUUCCAUAUAUCUUUCUUGAGGACCCAUCGUUGGCUGAGGACCCAUAGACUGGGGUUGCACUGCAUCUUGAACAUCUCGGAUUAGACACCGCAAGCGGAAGGUCAGGGAUCAUCAGAUGUGUGUUAUGACAACCAUUAGGGUAGGACAGCAACCUCUAGAGUACUUCUCAGAGCCAUGAGCCAAGCUGGUCAGAGCAUCGGCAUACCCCUAGGACUCGUUUAAGGCGUCAACGUCCAUCAAUUUCGGGCGCGACCAACAUGAGCGGCGCCCUUGACCCGCUUGUCGUGCUUCGCGGCGCAGUGCCAUUGACCGAAAAUGCUAGGGUACGGAAACAGUAUCGGCUCCAGAAUAGUUACUAGGUUGAAACUGGCGUCAGCCUGUUGCUCCUCAUAUUCUGCCAUACAAUCAAGCCUAUUUUGCUCCAAUGUCGGGGCCGAUAGUCCCGACAUAGGACCCCUUUCCCCAGCGAGAGGCUAGGAGACCC